AUGAUGGGAACAUCUCCGUUAAUCAUUGUGGCGUUCCAAACACAGCAAGUCCAUUGUGUACGUGAUCAAAAUGGUGCAAUAACAGAAGGGGGUCAGGAUACAAUCCAUACUGUAUACUAUGCAUGGGCUAUGCGACAAGUAGAUCCAGAAGAACUUGGAGGCGGUGCAAUCUACCCAAUAUGGAAGCUAAUGGAAAUGCAACAGCUUGGAGUCAAAUCCCUCAUCUAG